AUGAUGUUUCAGAAGCCGACUCUGACGGCGGUGGCAGCCCUGCUGGCCAUGGUGCCUCUGUCUACAAACGCUCAUAUCAUCAUGGCUAGCCCUGUCCCCUUCGGACAAGCCGGAGAACCCAACAACUCGCCUCUACUUGCCAGCGGUGCGGAUUUCCCUUGCAAGUCCGUUCCCUACACCAUUAGGAAGAUGAACGACUGGCCUGUUGGUUCUAUACAGUCCUUAGCGUUCAAAGGCUCAGCUGUCCACGGCGGAGGAUCUUGUCAGAUCUCCGUUACGACCGACUCAAAACCCACCAAGGAGUCCAAGUGGAAAGUCAUCUAUAGCAUCGAGGGCGGCUGCCCAGUUGCGGCUGAAGGCAAUCUCCCUGAGUCUCAAAAUGCGGAUGGCACGUUUCCUUUCACAAUCCCCUCGGAGCUGCCAAAUGGAGAGCUGGCGAUGGCCUGGACGUGGUUCAACAAGAUGGGAAAUCGAGAGAUGUAUAUGAACUGUGCCCCUAUCAAAGUCUCAGGCGGCUCGGACGACAAGGCUGCCUUUGAUGCUCUGCCUGACAUGGCGGUAGCCAAUAUCGGCCCAGGCACUCCAACUUGCACGAACAAGUUCAACAACGACUACUUCUUUGCGGCCCCCGGCAAGUACAAGACAUCCGGCGGAGUAGGUCCCUUCUCCUCUCUCUGUGAUGGUGCUCCAGAAACCGGUGGCGAUGCUCCUGCUCCACAAAAGCCUGCUACUCCGCAACCCCCUCCAGCCAACCCUGGCAUUCCACCUGCUGCCCCGGUUCCUUCUCAGGCCUCAGCCCUCACGUCAACUUUGCGCACAAUCUACACUGUGACCGCGCCUAUGGGUUCUCCUCCAGCUUCGUCGCAAACCGGCGGUGUCGUUCCCUCUACAAAGCUCCCAUCUGCUCCUCAACCCUCGCAAGCACCGCCCGCCCCAGCUCCUGCUCCGGCCCCAGCUCCAGCUCCAGCUCCGGCUCCGGCUCCUGGCUCUGGCACUGCAGGAGGCAAUUCCUGUUCGCCCAAUGGGAGCAUCGUGUGCAAUGGCGAGACGCAGUUUGGCAUCUGCAACUUUGGCUCUGUCGUCUGGCAAGAUGUCGCCGCGGGCACCAAGUGCCAAAACGGCGUGAUCGCGAAGCGGGAUUAUUCCCACCGGGCCAUGCGGACUGCUGUCUAA